CUGCCCGAGCCCUGCCGGGAUGGGGAGGGAGCCCGCGGCUGCCCGCGGCUGCCGAGAUUCCCGCUGACGCCCCGGAGCCCGCCGCCUCCUUCGCUCGUCUCCGGAGGCGCCCGACGUCCCAACUGAUCUGCUGUGCGAGUCCGGAGAGGCGACUGGACCCCUGGGGCCCCGCGCUCAGGACAGAACAACAGACUGAGCUAUGAUAGCAACCGGCGGAGUGAUAACUGGCCUGGCCGCCUUGAAAAGGCAAGACUCUGCCAGAUCUCAGCAUCACGUCAGCCUCAGCCCGUCGCCUACUGCCCAGGAGAAGAAACCAGUCCGGCGUCGGCCACAGGCCGAUGUCGUGGUCGUUCGAGGCAAAAUCCGGCUUUAUUCCCCAUCCGGUUUCUUCCUCAUUCUGGGGGUGCUCAUCUCCAUUGUAGGAAUCGCAAUGGCAGUCCUUGGCUAUUGGCCUCAGAAAGAACAUUUUAUUGAUGCCGAGACGACACUGUCAACUAACGAAACUCAGGUCAUUCGGAACCAAGGCGGUGUGGUGGUUCGCUUCUUUGAGCAACAUUUGCAUUCUGACAAAAUGAAGAUGCUCGGCCCUUUCACAAUGGGGAUUGGCAUCUUCAUUUUCAUUUGUGCAAAUGCCAUUCUUCAUGAGAACCGUGACAAAGAAACCAAAAUCAUACACAUGAGGGAUAUCUAUUCCACAGUCAUCGACAUCCACACGCUUAGAAUCAAGGAGCAAAAGCAUAUGAAUGGCGUCUACACUGGUUUGAUGGGAGACACGGAAGUAAAACAGAAUGGGAGCUCCUGUGCCUCGAGACUGGCAGCAAAUACUGUUGCCUCUUUCUCAGGUUUUAGGAGCAGUUUUCGCAUGGACAGCUCUGUCGAGGAGGAUGAGCUGGCACUAAACGAAAAUAAGGGUUUGGGGCAUCUUAUGCCACCUUUGCUUUCUGACAGCUCUGUCUCUGUCUUUGGCCUCUAUCCACCUCCUUCCAAAACAACUGAUGAUAAGACCAAUGGCCCUAAGAAAUGUGAAACCAAAUCAAUUGUGUCAUCGUCCAUCAGUGCUUUCACAUUGCCUGUGAUCAAACUGAAUAACUGUGUUAUUGAUGAGCCCAGUAUAGAUAACAUCACCGAGGAUGCUGAGAACCUCAAAAGCAGGUCAAGGAAUUUGUCGAUGGAUUCCCUCGUAGUCCCUUUGCCCAAUGCCAGUGAGCCCUUCCAGCCAGUCAGCACGGUGUUCCCCAGGAACCAUUCCAUCGGGGAGUCGCUGUCGAGCCAGUACAAGUCCUCUGUGGCCCUUGGACCUGGGGCUGGACAGCUCUUGUCUCCUGGGGCUGCUAGAAGACAAUUUGGGUCCAACACAUCUUUACAUUUGCUCUCGUCACAUUCAAAAUCCUUAGACUUAGACCGGGGUCCCUCCACACUAACUGUUCAGGCAGAGCAACGAAAACACCCAAGUUGGCCUCGAUUGGAUCGGAGCAACAGCAAAGGAUAUAUGAAACUAGAGAAUAAAGAGGACCCGAUGGAGAGGCUGCUUGUACCCCAAGCUGCAAUCAAAAAAGACUUUACCAAUAAGGAGAAGCUUCUUAUGAUUUCAAGAUCUCACAAUAAUUUGAGUUUUGAACAUGAUGAGUUUUUGAGUAACAACCUAAAGCGGGGAACUUCUGAAACAAGAUUUUAAUGUUCAGAAAUAUAUCAUUUUACAAGGCUAUAUAUUUUAAAACUAUUUUCACCAGUAUUUCCUUGUUAAAGUAUUGGCUAAAAGCCUUUUUAAUCAAAUGGUUUUGUAGUGUGUUCGACCUGGUUGUUUAAUUCUGUGCUGGAGAUGGUCAUAUGUUUGGGUUACUUAUGAUUGUGGUACUUUCUAUUAUCACACAUGAUUUUACAUUUUCCAUUCCUUUGAAAACUUUAUCUCUUUUAUUAAUAUGAAUACAGAACACUUCCACCUGAAUUAAAGUCCCUUUCUUUACUUUCAAGUUCUAUCAUUGAUGGUCAUAUACAUAGAAUGAAGUGUCCAGUUUGGAAAAGGUAAGGUACCAAAGUGUGGACUGGAAGUACCAAAUUUAGGCCCAAGAUGCAAUAUAUACUUCUAAAUGAGCAUGCGUGCAAAUCUUAGGUGUGACUUUCUAAAUAAUUGCUUUUUUACAAAAUUGGUUAAAUUAUCUAAAAGGAAAAUGAUCUGGUUUCUGGUGAAAUCAGUUUAGUUCUACUUGAGCUAAUUGACAGGAAUUGUUGAAGUUGGUUAUGAUCAGUUCCCUGAGCUCUAGGUAGGUAGUAUCUUUUUUUCAGCAUUAGUUCUAUUUUAGUGAUAUUUUAUCAAGAAACUAUGUAUUCAAACACCAUGGCUGAGAAGGCCAGGGAUUUGUAGGGGUAAAUACCAAAAUGCUAAUAGCUAUAACUUUAGAUAUUCAGAAUCAACAUUUCUUUGCAACUAACUUGAAAAAGGAAUGAACCAAUUAGUUGUAGAAAUGCUAUCUUGAAAUAAUUAGCUACAUUAAGAAAAUGUUGACUAAGCACCAAAAAUAACUAUGGGUUAGUUAAUGCUAGCUUGUCUUCAGUACCCUUUCUAGCCAUCUCUUUUAUCAUUCAACAUACCUUCAUUCACACAUCCUCACUUCCCCUCAAUAUUUUUUAGAUCCUGUUAUCUGGAAAAUAAUCAGCUAGCCCUGACAUUUCUUUUUAUCUUUGCAUCUCACUAGCUUGGUGAUUCAAGAAAAUCUAGUCCUUGACCAAUUGCUUUGAAAUUUACCUUGUGCAAGAAAGCCUUAUGAUAACCCCAAAGAUUUUCUUAGGGUGUAAGACAUUUUGGGGGUUUUGGUUCUCAGUUAUUGAAGGUAAUAAUAUUGAAAUGGAUGUUUCCAUUAGAAAAUAUUCAUGUUUUCCAUUAAGGUAACAUAUGACUAAGAAUUGUUUAAUGGAAUACUCAGGAAAUUUUACAGGUUUUUCCCAAUGCCUAAAUGUCUCUGGGCAACAGUAUUGCAGUUGUUGUGGGAGUGGAGAAAGAGCAUACAUUUCUGUUUGUAGCUCCCCACCAUUCCACCUUGUGUUGGGAUCACGAGCUUCCCUGAGUUUGAGUCAGUGUUACUUGUUAGAACACCAAGCCUGUGUAUUGUAAUAGAGUGGGCUCAAUAUUUUACCACCAAGCAUUUAAUAAAUUUCUGUUCUUAAUAGAAAUUUGUGUUCUUCCUACAUUUGCUACAGCUUUUAAAAUAAAAUGUAUAAUUCUGUUAAAAA